CUGUCGCCGAAGACCCAAGCCUUGGAAGACGAGGAUGAGGAAGAGGAACAGAUCGAUGCGAUACGACCUCCCAUGGCGUCGCAGAGAGAUCGCGAGAAUUACGUCUACAUCGCCAAGCUCGCCGAGCAGGCCGAGCGCUACGACGAGAUGGUGGACGCGAUGAAGAAGGUGGCGAGCCUAGACGUCGACCUCACCGUGGAGGAGCGAAACCUGCUGUCGGUGGGGUACAAGAACGUGGUCGGGGCGCGGCGGGCCUCGUGGAGGAUCCUCUCUUCGAUCGAACAGAAGGAAAAGGCCAGAGGCAAUGAGCAUCACGUCAAGCAGAUCAAGGAGUACCGGCAGAAGGCGGAAUCGGAGCUCUCCGGCAUCUGCAGCGACAUCAUGACCUUGAUCGACGAGCAUCUAAUCCCGUCCUCCACCGCCGGGGAGUCAUCGAUUUUCUUCUACAAGAUGAAGGGAGAUUAUUAUCGCUACUUGGCAGAAUUCAAGACUGGCAAUGAGAGGAAGGAGGCUACAGACAAGUCUUUGGAAGCAUAUCAGGCAGCUACCAGUACAGCUGAGGCAGAUCUGCCUCCUACACACCCAAUUCGCCUUGGUUUGGCAUUGAAUUUCUCUGUGUUCUAUUAUGAGAUCAUGAACUCACCUGAAAGGGCUUGUCACCUUGCCAAGCAAGCUUUUGAUGAAGCAAUUUCUGAGCUGGAUACAUUGAGUGAGGAAUCGUACAAAGACAGCACAUUAAUUAUGCAACUUCUGAGGGAUAACCUCACAUUGUGGACCUCUGACAUCCCUGAGGAUGGAGAGGAUACUGCAAAGAGCGGUGCAGGUGAAGAUGCACAGUGAGUUCAGCCAACUGUAGGGUCAGAACAGCAAAGAUAAAUUCGCCAUUGAAGUACAUUGUGGCAUGUAUGGGCUGGUCGAGGGUAAUCUUCAAGUACUAGCUUUCCUUCUCGUGCCUGUAGUGAAUAUUUAUGUUGCCGUUGGAAUUUUAUCUCAAUGGAAUGGCUUUGAAAUCUACUGGCGCUGAAUCUGAUUCCUUCA